AUGUAUGUCGAUGAUGUCUUAGCUGGAUUUCAUACGCAACAGAAAUCCAUUAAUGCAAGAAAUGAACUAAUCCGAGCUUUAGAUUCCGCUGGCUUUACAUUGAGGAAGUGGACAUCAAAUUCCAAACAAAUCCUUGAAGAUCUUCCACCUGACCAUCUACUCCAUGAGGAAUUCCUGAAGUUAGAGGACAACAGUUCCGCGAAAACGCUUGGCAUCCGAUGGAAUGCGUGUUCAGAUAACUUCUAUUUUGCUGCUAAUCCAUUUCCGGAAACUGAAAAUUAUACUAAGAGACAAGUUUUAUCCAACAUUGCGAAGUUAUUUGAUCCUGCUGGCUGGCUGGCGCCUUGCAUUAUCCUUGCGAAAAUCCUUAUGCAAAAAAUAUGGAUCGAUGGUACCGGUUGGGAUGAAAAUCUUUCUCCAGAUGCUCUUUCUCAAUGGAAAUCAUUUCUGUCAAAUUAUUCCGUCAUCAACACCAUUCGUAUUCCACGAUGGGUUGAUUAUCAUCCAAAUGCCAAAAUUCAAUUUCAUGGAUUCUGCGAUGCGUCUGAAAAAGCAUACGCGGCGGCAUUAUAUGUUCGAGUAGCAGAUUCCAAUUCCAUUUCCACUCAUCUUAUUUCUUCCAAAACUAAAGUGGCCCCUAUUAAAACGUUGUCCAUUCCGCGAUUAGAACUUUGUGGUGCAGUUCUCUUAGCGGAGAUGAUAGAUAAUCUACUUCCACAGCUAGAUCUCAAUCAAUAUUCCCUUUUCUGUUGGACCGAUUCCACCAUUAGUAACGAAGAUUACUCAAGUCGUUUCAUGUUCAAAUUGGAGACACGUAAACUCGGAAGCGAAUCCAUCGGAUUUAGCUAG